UGCCUGCAUAUAAUUCUGUCCCUCGCUUGCUUCUCCUUUACUUAUUUAGCUACUCCUCCGUCUCCUCUCCUCUCCACUCCAUCAUCACCUCCACGACGCCUGCCUCCUCCCUCCUCGUCCUUCACGCUACUACAAAAGACCACACACAAGCAAGCAGAGUCACAUCACACCACUGGCUAGCUCCCCUGCUCUGGCAACCCGAUCUCUCGCAUAAAUUAUUUCUUGGAUCCCUUAGAGAGGAUCCAGAGCAGCAGCAGUGGGAUCUGCGCGCGCACCAGCUUCCAUGGGCCUCGACGUCGUGGAAAUAUCCGAAUUGGGGGCGCUCCGGCCGAUCCAGACGGCCGUGGGCGGUGCGCGGGCUACAACAAGGCCGGGGGCGGACGAUGACUCUGCCGAAACCGGCUGUGUCACACCCAAGGCGAGCGGCGCGCAAUCGGCCACUGCAGGAGGAGUGGACGACGACGCUGCCACCGACAGCGGCUGCGUCACGCCGAGGGCGAGUGGCUCCCUGGCCAUGCUGCCCAUCGCGCCACUGCUGCAAGACGACGGCGUCGACGUCGGCUUCACCACGCCGCUGGCCACGGGUGGAGUAAUUGGGCAGCGAGACGGCUGCGCCGCUGCCGGUGACGAGGGCAGCAGCUUCACCACGCCGACGACGACCGACAGCGCGCUGGUGCCGGCCACGGUGUGCCCGCCCGCGCCGCGCAAGUCGGGAUCGGUGCCGACGAGGAAGCGGGCCCCGCUGCAGCAGCGGCUCUUCUUCUACCCGGUGCCGCACGACCUGACCACCGUCUUCGUCGCCGUGCCGCAGUGCCCGCCGCCCGCCAAGAAGAUGCGGGCGCACGUGGUGGAGUCAUCUGUGCCUCUAGGCACGUGAGAUGCUGCCCCCGAAAUUGGCUGCGUCACACUCAAAGCAAGCGACUCCAUGGCCAUGCUGCCCAUGGCGCCACUGCAGUAAGACCUCGGCGCCGAUGUGAUCGGCCUCGCUACGCGGCCGGCCACGGGUGGAAAACUCGGGCCGGGUGACGGCUGCAAGUAUGGCGCCGCUGCCGGCGACGAGGGCAGCUUCACCAUGCAUGCCGACGACGGCCGAGGGCGCGCUGGUGCCGUCCACGGUGUGCCCGCCGACGCCGACAAGGAAGCGUCGGCCGCUGCAGCAGAGGUUUUUCUACCACCGGUGCCGCGCGAGCUCACCACCGUCUUCGUCGCGGUGCCGCAGUCCCCGCCGCCGGCGAAGAAGAUGCUGGUGCACCGUGCACGUUGUCGAACAGUCUGUGCCUCUAGGCAUAUGCUGCCGCGCGACAUUGUCCCGGCCGCGAGUGCUGGAAAGAGUAGUGAAGCUUUAUUGAUAUCUCAUUCACACACAACACUAGCAGUGAAGUUUAGCUGAACCAGUGCUUCUCUGUCUGUUGGAGCUGAAUCCCUCGGCUCCUCUCUCUCUCUCUCUCUCUCUCUC